AUGAUUCCACGAAAAUACGCUAGUGAUACUUCGAAACGUAAAGCGAAACAGAAACAUGAAGAUUUUAAAAAUAAACUACCGAAACUGACCAACUUCUUUCCUGCCGAAAUAAAAACUGGAGGCACUAUUGCUAAUGAAGAUGACGAUAAGAUUCAGCAAAUCUCGGUGUUAACAUUAAAUUCGGUACUUUCUACUAAUAGUGAUGAACUCAGUAUUAAGGAUGCUGUCAUUUGUAAUGAACACUCAGAUGACAGUUGUGACAUGAAUAAUCAGAACGUAAUAAGCAGGAAAGCCAAGCUCGUCAUAGAACCUGUAAAUAAAGAUCCCUUUCUGUGGCCCAUGGAAAUGCAUGAUGAUGUGAGACAAAAGUAUUUGGAUAAAGGCUAUGAAUAUUUUCAGAAAAAAGAUAACAAUUUUCAAGCUUCUGUUAGACAAUAUAAAGAUCAAAACAGAUUUUUAUCUUCGAAGGUUUUUUCACGAACUUUGGCUAACGGUGAAAAAUGCACGCGAAAAUGGUUGAUAUAUUCAGAGUCUACUGGGAAUGUUUUCUGUUACGUUUGUAAGCUUUUUAGUGGAAAUAAUACAAACACAUUUGUAAACGGCGGAUUUAGCAAUUGGAAGAAAGCAGAAGAAAAGAUUAGUGGACAUGAAAAUAGUGCAGAACACAAAAAAUGCAUGCUUACUUGGCUCACAUUCGUGCAUGAAAAAUCACAUAUUAAUAAUUAUAUGGCUAAGCAGCUACAAGAUGAGAUUAAGUAUUGGACUGAAGUUUUAAAACGCAUUGUCGAAGUAAUUCGUUUUCUUUCUGCACGCGGUCUUGCUUUUCGGGGCGAGCAUGAAGUGAUUGGUUCUCCAAAUAAUGGAAAUUACUUGGGUGUUUUGGAACUGAUUUCUAAAUUUGAUCCAUUCUUAAAAAAACACUUUGACUUGCAUGCAAAUCAAGGUCGCGGGCACGUUUCCUAUUUGUCAAAAGAUAUUUGUGAAGAAUUUAUUCACAUGAUGGCUAACAAAGUUAAGAACGAAAUUCUUAGCCAAAUUAAGAGAGCAAAAUAUUUCAGCCUUAUUGUAGAUUCGACACCAGAUGUAUCUCACGUUGAUCAGUUAUCUAUUGUAUUCCGGUACUGUUUGGAUGGUUGUGUGUAUGAACGCUACUUUUGCUUUUUACCUAUUAAUAGCCAUACUGGAGCAUCAUUGAAUGAAACAAUAUUACAAGUUCUUCGCAAUAAUGAAAUUGACAUUGUUUACUGUCGAGCGCAAACUUAUGAUAAUGCCAGUAACAUGUCUGGAAAAUACUCGGGAUUACAAGCACGAAUUAAAGAAGUUAAUCCUCUUGCGUAUUACGUUCCUUGUGUAGGACACUCACUAAAUUUAGUUGGCGAAUGCAGCGUAGAUGAAUGUAUCGAUUCUGUAAAUUUUUUCCGGUUUGUACAACAACUUUAUGCUUUCUUUUCCAUUUCUACGCAUCGUUGGAGCAUAUUGCUAAAACACGCGAGCACUACAUUAAAAAGUUUAUCUUCUACAAGAUGGUCAUGCUGCGAUGAUGCCAUUACUGCAUUAGCUCAGAAUUAUUUAGAAUUAUAUAAUUCAUUGUAUGAGAUUGAGCAAAGUGAAGAAGAAAAGACCGAAACUCGUCACGAAGCAAUGUCCUUAAAAAACAAAUUAACAAAACUAGAAACUGCAUUUAUGACAGUUUUUUGGCAUCGAGUUCUUCAACGAUUCAAUAUAACUAGCAAAUUUGUGCAAAAAAUCGAACUCGACUUGAUUACGGCUAAUGAUAUGCUACACUCGCUAGUUAAAUUUAUUAGUGACGUAAGAAAUGAUUUUGUAGCAAUAGAAAACGAUUCUAAAAAUUUAGGCUCUUUUGUACAACAAAAAUAUUCUGAUACACAGAAACGAAAAAUUAAAAAAAAAUGUGCAGAUAAUGUAACGGAGAUUCAAAAUUUAAAUGGUUGCGAAAAAUUCCGUAUUGAAUCAUUUAAUGUAAUCAUUGACAAACUUCGAGUUGAAUUAGAAAAACGAAGUUCGGCGUAUAAUCACAUAACAAAGUUAUUUGGCUUUCUAACUAAAUUGAUGACCAUCGAAAUCGAUGAAAUGCGAGAGUGCGCUAAUCGUCUUGUUAGCAUUUAUUCUCAUGAUUUAGAAAGUAGUUUAGGUUGCGAACUGGAACAAUUUAUUCCGUUUAUAAAAACUAGCUUCAAAAAUGUUACAUUCUUUCCAUUGGAUAUUUUAAAAUGGAUGUGCGAUCGAAAACUUGAAGAAGUCUUUCCAAAUAUAUACGUAGCAUUUAGACUAUUUAUGACAAUACCGAUCGCAAAUUGCGAGGCCGAGCGAUCGUUUUCUAAAUUAACUAUAAUAAAAAAUAAAUAUCGAUCCACAAUGACGGAUACUAGAUUAUCGUCAUUAGCAUUAUUAGCAAUAGAGAGCGAAUUGCUAAAAAUCUUGAAUUUAAUGAUUUAA